AUGAUAAACUACUUAUGUAAUUAUUUAUCUGUAAUUAGAACAAAGUGACUCUUCUUCAUUCCCAUUUACUGAAAGAAGAAUAAGCCAUCUAAUUUUAAAUUAAAGUAACUUCGAAACAAAAUCAAAAACAAUAAUAGGAGAUAAUUUCAGAAGAACAAUCAAAAAGAAUUCACUAUUGCAUUCCAUGAGACUCCUGAAAGAACGUGAAAUAGAUGAACCUACACCUAUAGCUACAGAGAAGUAAUUAUAAACUAAGAAAUUUAUAAAUUUAAAACCUUUAAAAAAGGCUAUAGAAAAAAUAACUCUAAUGAGAUAAGAACAAUUGAGUAGAAGAAAAUCUGCAUAUGGUGAAUAAUUUGGUGAAAUGACAGCAAAAUAAUUUCAAAAUCUUCCAACAUCUAUUGAAUAACAUAAACAAAUUGAUGGAUAAAGAUUUGCAUUAACAAGUUUUGCUGAUAUUUUAGAGAGAAAAAAAAGAAAAAGAACAACUAAAAAGUAAAGUAUUUUAAGAUAAUUAUCAAAAUAAGAAUCUUUAGUUGGUAUAAAUAAUCUUUAUUAUCAUCAUAGAAUAUGAUCAUUUGGAAAGACCACCAUCUUGUAAGACUCCUCCAAAACAAAUUAUCAUUAAAUAAUAACUUAAAUCUCAAUUGGAAUUAACAAAAGAAAAACAAUUCAAAUAAUUAGAUUAGAAGAUGAUAAGCUUUUUAUCUGGAAAACCAGCAGAAGUUAAAGAAUUUGUACAAAGAAAAAAAGCAUAUACAAUUAAUUAUUAAGUGACAACUCCUUAAUCUUCUUCAAUAACAGGUAAUCAUAGAAACUCAACACUUUUCCCAAGUUUACAUAUAAACAAAUUAGAUAGAUGUUAAACUAAUUAUUAUGAGUCAAAAUAUGCACCUUAACUUAGUAAUCGUUAAAUUUAGAGUAGAGUUAGACCAUAUAUUACAUAUAAUAGAACGUUAAUAAAAUUUAUAAAGUCAGAGAUAAAAAAUUAUUCAUAAACUAUCUAGAAGUCAAUUUAUAAUUUAUGA